AUGGCUUCCUCUACUCAAUAUUGCCUCUUCUUCUCUAUCUCUACCCUUCUCCUCCUCUUCUUCAAUGCCUCUCCCGUUUUGGCUCAGCAAUCUUUCAGGCCCAAAGCCCUCGUCAUCCCAGUCUCAAAAGACGCUUCUACCCUCCAAUACACCACACAUAUUACCCAAAGGACCCCUCUCGUGCCCGUAAACCUCGUCCUUGAUCUAGGUGGCCAGUUUUUAUGGGUCGACUGCGAACAAAACUAUGUGUCCUCCACGUACCGCCCAGCUCGUUGCCGCUCAGCUCAAUGCUCACUCGCACGAGCCAGCGGCUGCGGCGAUUGCUUCUCGUCCCCGAAACCUGGCUGCAACAACAACACUUGCGGCCUCUCCCCCGACAACACGGUCACGCGCACGGCCACAGGCGGUGAACUCGCGUACGACGUCGUCUCGGUCCCGUCAACCAACGGGUUCAACCCCGGCCGAAACGUCAGCGUUUCGCAGUUCCUCUUCACUUGCGCGCCAACGUUCCUAUUAGAAGGCCUCGCCGCGGGUGUAUCGGGGAUGGCUGGUCUCGGCCGCACCAGAAUAUCUCUCCCUUCCCAAUUCGCAUCCGCCUUCAGCUUCGACAGGAAAUUCGCCAUCUGCUUGUCUUCCUCCGUGUCAUCAAACGGCGUCGUGUUCUUCGGCGACGGCCCGUACGUCAUGCUCCCAAACGUCGACGUUUCAGAGUCAUUAAUCUACACCCCGCUCUUCAUAAAUCCAGUCAGCACGGCUUCCGCCUUCUCCCAAGGGGAAGCCUCGUCCGAAUACUUCAUCAAAGUCAACUCAAUUAAGGUCAACGAGAAACCCGUCGUUGUCAACACGACACUGCUGUCCAUCGACCGCGACGGCGUGGGUGGGACUAAGAUCAGCACCGUCAACCCCUACACGGUCCUCGAGGCCUCCAUUUUCAAAGCCGUAACCGAGGCUUUUAUCAGCGAGUCUAAAUCCAUGAACAUUACCAGAGUGUCCUCUGUAGGCCCCUUCGAGGUGUGCUUCAGCCGGGACAACGUGCUGAGCACACGUGUGGGGCCGGCCGUGCCGAGCAUUGACCUUGUGCUGCAGAACGAGAGCACGUUCUGGAGGGUGUUCGGGGCCAACUCGAUGGUGCAGGUGAACGACGACGUUCUGUGCCUUGCCGUUGUGAAUGGCGGUGAGAGCCCAAGGACUUCGGUUGUGAUCGGAGGGUACCAGUUGGAGAACAAUCUGCUGCAAUUCGAUUUGGCCACGUCGAGGCUGGGCUUCAGCUCCUCGCUUCUGUUUAGACAAACCACAUGCUCCAACUUCAACUUCACCUCCACCAAUUAA